AUGGAUUCUGUGCCAUAUACUGAACAACACAAUACUUUAACAAUGAAUGUUGAUACAGGCAGUGUAGAAAAUAUUGUUGAUCUUCUACAUGAAUGUAAUCUACAAGUUUUUAAUGGUUAUGAAAAUCAUGAAGGUUUAUCUGAUGAGCAAUUUUUGAAUAAACUCGAUCGACUUGUUACACUUGUGAGAGAAAUUUUACAAAAUGAAAAAGGUAUUAUUGUAAUCAGUGGAUGUGGUACAUCAGGUCGAAUAGGUUUUCUUGCCAGUACAUUUUUUAAUCAACUUUGUAUUGAACGAAAUCUUCCUCCAAAAUAUCGUUAUAUUAUUGCUGGUGGAAAUAGUGCUCUUGUUACAUCUGUAGAAGCAAGUGAAGAUGAUCCAGUUAUAGGUGCUACAGAACUUAAAAAAAUUAGUGAAUCAUUUGAACAUGUUCUUUUUAUUGGUAUUACUUGUGGUGUAUCUGCACCAUUUGUUGGUGGUCAAUUAGAAUAUUGUUUGGAUAAUCUACAAAAAUUUACACCUGUUCUAAUUGGUUUUAAUCCUGUUUCAAUGGCACGACGAAUUCAUGUACCUAAAUGGCCUAAUGGUAGAACAUUUUAUGAUAUUGCAUUACGAAUGGAAAAAACAUCAGAAGCAAUAGUUCUCAAUCCAAUUAUUGGACCUGAACCUAUAUCUGGUUCAUCAAGAAUGAAAGGUGGUACAGCAACAAAAAUUAUUCUUGAUACAAUUUUCUAUUUGGCAUCGACUAAUAAUAGUAUUAAAACAAGAGAUGUGAUUGAAGAAUUCAAAACUACAAUUGAUAGAAUGAAAACUGAAAGAAUGAAAUUAGCAACUGUUGUUCAACAAGCAGGAGAUUGUCUAUUGAAUGAUUCAUAUAUUCGAUAUGUUGGUUCAUCGACAUUUGGUGUUUGGGGUAUGAUUGAUGCAUCUGAAUGUGUACCAACUUAUAAUUCUUCUUACAAUGAUAUUCGUGGUUUUAUGGCAAAUGAUUAUUUCAAAAAGAAUUUAAAUCCUGAACCAGUUAAUUCAUUUGUAUCACCUGCAUUACAUGAAUCAACACCUGAUGAUUUAUGGAAAAUAUUCGAAAAUUUACCAUCAUCAAGUUUAAUCAUUUUUAUUGAUACAGAAUAUGAUUCACAAAAAUCUCUUAUCGACAAACUUCAAAAGAAAAAACAUCGUAUUGUUUGGAUCAAGCUUUUGAGUGCUAAAUCCUUAGAACCAAAUUCCAAUGUGCAAAUCAUUGAUUUUAGUACAUCUAUAACAUCUUCUGAUAUGACUGUGCAAUAUUGUCUUGCUGAAAUAGUAUUAAAAUUAUGUUUAAAUACAAUAUCAACUGGUGCACAUAUUUUAAAAGGAAAAGUUUAUCAAAAUAUAAUGAUUGAUGUUCGUGUUAGUAAUAUAAAAUUAUUCUAUCGUGCAAUUGAUAUUAUUAAAUUAUUAUCUGGUGUUGAUUAUCAAACGGCUGAAAAAUGUCUUAUUCAAUCAAUUCAUCAAACAGAUAAUGAAUUAAAUAAACAAACAAUCGAACAGCAUAUUACAGCUGUUGCUAGCAAUAAAGAUCAUAUCGUUCCUAUUGCUUUAUUAAUGUGUCUUUCAAACUGUUCGUAUACACAAGCUACACAUCAAAUUGAUAAAUGUCCAAGAAUUCGAGAUAUUUGUACUAACACAAAUCGAUCGUCAACAUAA